GAUCUGUUAUGCCAGCUUGGCUUAAACUUGGUUGUGACAACUCAGUAAAACAUUUCAUUUGUGUAGUGAAACACAUUGGAGUAUAAUUACUUGCUAUCCUGUCUCAAACAAGUAUUUUCUUCUGAAAGGCUUAGAUUAUAUUAAGCUUGUGCUGGCACCUUUCAAAUAAAAAAGACAGGAAAAAGAUGCUGAGACCCUAGAAAGAAUGCAGAGAAGACCAACAAAGAUGAUAAAGGGUCUGGAGGCCAAACCAUAUGAGGAACAGUUAAGAGAACUAGGUCUAGUCUAGCGAAGAGAAGAAUUAGGGGUGACAUGAUAGCUGUCGUCCAGUAUUUGAGGGGCUGUCACAGGUAAAAAUUCCUGAGUGCAGGACAAGAAGUAACGGGUGGAAAAUCGUUAAAGAGAGAUCAAUGCUAGAACUAAGUAUAAAUUUCCUGAUAGUGAGAACAAUUAACCAGUGAAACGACUUGCCUCUGGAUUAACUAUUUGACCGUGAUUCUAUGAUAUAGAAACAUAGGGCUACAAGGGAUGGUAUAAGGUCUGCUGCUCAAGGAGGGGGCUGGACUAGGAGACCGCCAAGGUUCCUUCCAGCCCUAUGAUUCUAUAUUCUGUGUUGUCUUUUCUAAAUAAUCCAGUCCCUUUGCCACCUGAUUAGAAGAAAUAUGGGUAUGGGGGUCUAAAGCUUCAGUCCAGGAACAGAGCAUCCCUUUGCAUAAAAAAGUGGAGCAUAAUGGAAAUAUUUUUUAAAUUGUUGUGGGGGCUGUUGUGGUGUGUAGAGAGAUUCCACUAACACCAUUAUUGCUAAGCUCUUUGCUCCUGCUUAAUCUGGCAUCCUGAGUUGCAGCUCCCAAUGGUGCUUGCCAUGUGGUGGAGGAUGCCCAACACAGAGAUCUUCCCUAUAGAAGACCUCCAAACAAUAAGCUGAUCGUGACAAUCUGAGAUACAACAUCAUUUUGUAUUUUUAGUUGCAACCAUAUCCAAUAUGACCCUAAACUCCUCUCCAGGUCAAAAAAGUAUAGUUCCUUCCAUAGCUUUCGAAGAAAAGAGGAACAUGAUGUUUGUCCCUCUCUUAGGCAACUGUCGUAAGGCAUAAAAAGAACAAAACUCACAUAUCCAGGAUAAGGGUUAGCAGCACACCCUUUUCUCAAGAAAUCUAGAAGUGUGUAGUCAUCAUUUCCCACCUCGGAGCAUCUUCUGACAUUGAUAUCAAGUGGAGAGGCUACACCUUGGCUUAUGUAUCAGUGUUCAUCAUAUGUGCUGCUUAUACUCAUUAGGAAAUUUGAAAAUUGUGCGGUGUGUUAUAUCAUAGUAAAUGGUGCUUAAAAAUUUUAGCUAGUAAGGGUAAAGCAUCUCUGCUUCAGACUGCUGGAUUCCAGCAAUCACUGGAUGGCCUCCUUGUAGUAAAACAGGUCACAGUCUGUCUCCCCCCCCCCCAUCAAAACGCCUUGCCCUUUGGGAGAGCAAUGGGGCAAACAAGGGUCUUCUGGAGUCUCUGAAGCUAAAUAUGAUGGAUGAUCUUCAGGAUGGAAUCUAACAUUUUGGGGUUAAUGGCUAACUUGGUCCCUUUUAACCUUCAUGUGAUUAAGAAGUGGGUAGUGUGUGAGAAAUAGUACAAUUGCACAAUGAUAUCUUAUCAUGGAGAAACUUGCUCAGAGGGAUUGUAUACUUGACAUAAAUUGGAGGAGUUUCUAUAUCUUCCCCGCAGAAGUGUUAUAAAAUUGGGAGGUGCCGGUGUGACAGUUGGAGGCCCUCACUCUCCAACGGCUCCUUCUCUGCCAUCGAUCUGGCCGCCCUCUUUGAGGCCUAGUCAUUCUUGCCUUAAAAAGGAAGCUUAUUUCAUGGCUGAAGAAGGAAAGGCACUCUUUAAAUCUUGAAAACCUAGCAGAGUUUGGUCGUAUCGAGUAUAAAGAGGUUAGCUAUCAGAAAUGUGGCUUGUUUUAAAAAUUGAAAUGAACUUUGGUUUUUAUAACUUGUUUUAUUAGGAGCCAAAUUAUUGGAGGACUUGGGUACCAGAAUGAGAUGUAGCUGUCUACCUGAGAAAGAGAUAUUUUAGCCAUUCAGCUGAGUGGGAAGGGGCUCCAGGGGCCUCCCAGGACAGACUGUCAGCAGUUUCAUCCCUCCAAGCAGGGAAACUCAGUCGGCCAUUCCUCUUCUGACUCAUGAGGCUUUUGCUGAGUCAGAGGGAGUCCCCCCCCCCCAGGCACUCCUGUGCUGCCCAUGUUUUAUCCAGAGACCUGGCUUAGGGGAGGGCAGAACGGAAAGUCUCGCUGAAGCUCCAUCAUUGGAGGUUUUCAAAGAAAACGGGGGUGGACUAGAGGACCUCCAAGUCCCUUCCUACCCUCGCAUUCCAAGUACCAACAGCCGAGCCUAGCUCAUCAUAGGGCUGUGGCAGGCGAAGCAUUAUGUACCUGUGCACUCCCAGAUAUGCACCUUAUGCAAAAUGCCCCCCCCCCACCGUGCUUCCCCUGGGAGAAAGUAUGUGCAAACUGGGGUCAGUUUCUUUCUGCUGCUGAUUUUCCCUGCCUUAGUUUCUUCUUUCAAUGGCUGGAGAAGCAGGUGGGUUGGCCUUGGCCUCGCGUUCUGCCACCUUGGAACAGCCGGUGCAAACUUCCUCUGGAACAGACUCUGGAAGGAGGGAGGGCACCCUCUUUCGGGACAUGCUUUUUCCGCCUUCAGCCUCUCUCGGGUCACCCCAGGCCUCCUUUCAGGCUGCUCUGCUUCUCCCCGGGUGGGCUUGGCUGGCCUCCGUGGGUGGGGGGGUUGGAUGGAGGUGCUCCCUCCACCCCGGGGUGCCAGUGUGCCUCCGGCUGUUGUCAAUGGAAAGCAGCGUCAGGCCUCGAGGCAGGGGCGGGCGAAUCUCUGCGCAGCCUGCACCUUGGUUCUCUCUGCGUCUUCCCAGAAGUCCACAAACACAACGUGAUUGUGCAGGUCAUGGUUUCAGCCUGGAGGUGUUGGUUCCUUCCUUGCCAUCUCACGGUGACUCAGCGGCAUAGAAUUCAAGGGAGGGGAGGGGGUCAAAGUACAGCUUUUUAUACCAGUCUGGCGUAGCUGGAGCCUAACCCUGCGGCCUUGGCCAAGUUCUUCCAGCCCGUGGUGGAGCAUCCUGCCCACACCCUCCUGCAAACAGCUUCUCCACUUUCCAGACGGAAACCAGAAUGUGCCAGCUUGGACUAUGGCUUUGUGGCACCACUUCCUCCUCCUCCUCCACUAGGGAGUCACGCUGGUUUCUCUUCUGCGGUCGGUCCUGUCGGAGGGGACUCGGUGCAAGGCAACUCCAGGCUGGCCCUGAGGUCACCUGCAGGCCAAGCCCUUCCAUGAGAGAGAAAGCCCCAUUAUGAACCAGCAGAAGCUAAGGCCUGGCUAUUGCUAGUGAAGUUUCUUUCAAUAAUUUUAUUAAUUGACAAGAUCUCUUAAAAUGUUUCUGUGUUUGAGGGUUGGAGUUUGACUGAGUAGAGAAUUCAUCAGGACAUGACUUGGACAAGCUUGGGAGGCUGCAUUGCACAUACUGAUUUUAGAGGGCCAUUGUGGGAAGGUCCUUCGCUUUUUAAUUGGUUUGCCUUUUUCAGGACUUGCACUGGGGCACGGGUGUCAAACUUGCCACGUCACGUGUCGCGAUGUAUCGCAACUCUUUUUGCAUUACCUGCAAUGGGGUGGAUGUGGCUUCGGUAGGACGAAACUGGCCCGCGGACCAGCAGUUUGACACCCCUGCACUAGGGGCUCCUUUUAAUUCCCCCUGCAAGAUGUGGGAGAUUGCAUGAACAGUUUUUCAGUAGUUGAAUUCAGAACCAACUGUGGCAACUGCAAAAAGCACAGGUGGCCCCGGAGUUCCAGCAGACUGCACCAAGGUGUUUUGUUGGCGGUGUGCCAUGCCUUAGAGAACACAACAUCAGCCUUGAGGGGUCCCCCGGUGGCAGCUGCAGUGAGGUCCCAUUUUAACAACUGUCCAGAUGCCCACAGCACAUUUUGUUUCCACGGGACUUGCAGAUUCCUGGUGCAAGAAGAAGAACCUACUUGUGUGUGCCAUUCUGGCUACAUGGGUGCCCGCUGCGAGCAUGCCGAUCUCCUGGCAGUGGUGGCUGCCGCCCAGAAGAAACAAACCAUAACCGCCUUGGUGGUGGUUUCCAUCAUCGCCUCCAUUGUCGUUAUCAUGGUCUGUGUCCUGAUACAUUGCUGCAGGAUACGGAAGCCCUGCGAGUGGUGUAGGACGAUCGUUGGCAGGCAUGAGAAACCCACCGGGCUCCUGAAGGGGGCCACGUCUUGCUGCCACUCAGAGACAGUUGUCUGACAGAAAUCAGGUCUCCUGCAAUUCCACGGAUGGCAACAGUGCAGAGCUCUGCCUGGGAGGUCUACAAUAUUCUGAGAAAAACUUUAAUAUGGACAAGACAGUUUCCAGGGAUUUAACCCGAAAGCCAAUUUAGUGCAACUUUUGAGGCCUUCUCCUAAUCUUCCACCAUAAUGCUGGUCGUCCAGAACUUUGCUAAAGGAGCAGCACGGUCGCUGUAGCUUCUGUGUUGUUUGUGACAACCAGAAAAUCUCCAAGACUCCUUUUUAGUCAAAAUAGAGAACAGUGACAAUUGGCAGCUAUAUAUUUACUUUAACCACCAAAGGACAAGCUUGUUCAAGAAAGGGAAUGUAUCUGGUUUGUCUCGGAAAAGAUUUAAGGGAGACCUGAUCCAACGUAACCGAAGGGCUGGCUUUGAUUUGCACAUCUGUUACGUCUUUGACUCCUCUCCAAUGGAAGGAUGCUCUGUGUUAGGCCUUUGGGAGUAGCACCACCCUCCCUGUGAGUAUUCAGCUGCAAGUGUUCUUUGAGUGGAAAAACACCUAGACCAGGAGCCUUCCCAAAGCGUCUGGGUUGGUAGUAUCCUGUUGGGGAAGCAGAAAAAAAAAUGAACGGGAGGGGGGGGAGAAGACUGGUCAACCGUCUUACAGCCAGAAGAGAGAACUGCUUCCCCCCCCCCUUCCCUCCAUAUGAGCCAUUGAUGCUGGCCAAGUGAGAAAGCCCCUUUGCCUUCUCGGCCAGGUUCUCUGAGUGACUUGGUGGCAGCUUUGCUACUUUUUUCGAGCAAGACAACAGACCAUAGAGGCCUUAGUUAUUACAUGACAGGUAGAAAUGGGAUCUUGAAAGAGGUGCAUCUGGGCUUGUUUUUAAUACUGAUUUAAAAAUGCCUUUGAGUUAGAUGAGAAGUUUAAUUAAAAUCAAUUUUUAGCAGGGGUGUUUUUUAAACACUGUACUGUUUCUAGGUUUACAUGCUUGUAGGGGAUUUCUGACUAUUGCAAUGUCUUGGGAGACAGAAGGUUCCUCCAAGUCACAAGGACUGGGGACAACACUCCACAAUUGUGCGGGUGCUUGCAUGUUUUGACCUCCAGGCCCGACAUAAGGGUUUGGUUCCAAGAGUGAGAUAGAUCUGGGAAAGCAGUUCAAGUGUGAGGCAGGAUGGCAUUCCCUGAGUCCAGGGGAACCUUGGAAGCCGAGUUCUUCUCAUGGAUGUUUAGGAGUCCUGCUGUUGUGGGAAGUUCUGUUCUGAAACCAGGCCUUUGGCAGUUGCAUGAAGGUGUAAAGGAUUGGCUCUUUGAGGACAAAUGCCGUAGUUUCCAAGGCAGAAGUGAGAGAGAUGAUAAUAGAUAUAAGAAAUGUCUCAAAAGACAUUCUGAAUUGGCCAUCAAUUCUGAUUUACAUGCAAGCCAAAACUUCCACUGCGAAGUACCAAUUUCACCUUCUUUCUUUUGCUGAUGGAAAGAAGACGUAUUUGCCGAUGCUUCUGGUUUUUCAGGCUCCAUCUUCCCAAAAGGAUGGCUCGGCAUGUUGGUUGAAGCUUCAUGCCAUAAACUUUGUGGCCAUAUGGCAAAAAAGAAAUGAAAUAGAGACAAAUUGUUUUGUUUCUCAAGUUGUCUGGCUGACAAAUGCUUCCGUUACUUUUAGUGGAUCAAUUCUUUUUGUGCCUUAUUAUAAUGGCAUUCCCUCUUUGACUUUUCUCAAAGGGGAAAUAAUUGGGUUUUUAAACUCGCCCCCUUCUUUCCUAGCCUUGCUUCUCAACAACCAAUCUAUAAAUUGGGAGUUUCUCCAAAAAGAAAGAAAAGGAAGGAAGGAAGGAAGGAAGGAAGGAAGGAAGGAAGGAAGGAAGGAAGGAAGGAAGGAAGGAAGGAAAAAAGAAAGGCAUUCCAAAAAACACGGCCUUUUGCACUACCCCUCAAGGCAUAAUGUAAGUCACUUAAUGGUACGUCCAGAGCCAGAGAUCUAAGGAUAAUGUGCAUUGGCUUAGUUGAGAAUUGUCCCUGGGGAGACCUUGAUUCCUACCAGGCCUAGUUCAGGAGCUCCCGAUGCUCCAGUCUCAGAGGGCAUCAGUAGCAGAGAGGCUGCGUUUGUCCUGAAUUGCAUUUUUGAUACUUCGAAUGGUAAACCAGCUUGUCCAGGACAGAAUUCUUUUCCCUUUCAAGGGAGGAAAGAGCCUCUGCUUCUCCAGGUUUCUGUUUUGUGAUGCUGUUUAGAAAUAAAUUGCACCCUUUCAGCUAGCAGUUGUUUAAGCUGAUGCGAUCUGGACUUGUGGAAUUGAUCAAUGCUAAGCUCAGCAUGGAAGUAUCAAGGCUUUGGGGGAGUAAAAUGGUUUAAAAUUCUCAAAUGAAAGCUUUCAUCUGAAAUGCACUUGAGUUAUGCUGAAGUAUCAGCCACUAAAUGCCUCUUCCUGAUUCUGUGUGUUGACUCAGAAAUUAACACUUUGUCUUCACAAUUUAAGUUUAAUUUGGUCCAUAGCCAAACUGAAGUUUUAUUUUUAGCCAAGGUUACACUUUUUUCUUCUGUAUAUGUUGCACUGAAGGUUACUAUUUAAUAUUUUAAUUUAUUGUGUGGAUAAAUUAAUUUGAUUCAUGUAAGAUGUUUAUGUGAUUGGUUGUUAUUUCUUCCUUAAUAUUCUGAGUUAAUAGAUAUUUAAAUGAGUGAAAUACACUUUUCAUAAUACUUUGUUGUAUUUUUUUUAAAAAAGGAAGGCUAUAAAUUAAAUAAGGAACUCUUUAUGCAAA